AUGGCACGUGAUGCGGACUCGCAUCCCAUCGUCGUUACUAGCUGUUCCCCCGAUACGCCCGCACAGAUGGUCGAGGACGCUGAGGAUGGCUGGCAAACUCGACAUGACCGUGACGACCCUCCAACUGAUGAGGAGACCGACGAGUUCGAAGACUUGCACGAUACGCAGAGCCCACCGUUGUUGACCCCGCUCGAUCAAACGUUGGAGAUUAUCGGCUUUGGGUCGUACCAGAAGAUGCUGCUCGUCCUCUGCGGGUUCGGGUGGAUGGCCGACAAUAUGUGGCUCCAAUGCGUUGCGAUCAUCCUUCCGCGUGUGCAAGAGCACUUCGCUAUCGGGGAUCAAUGGAUUGGACUGCUCAGCACCUCGAUCUUUGCCGGUAUGAUGCUCGGCGCUGCGGUCAGUUCGCACGCUCUCAGUGGGUCAAGCCUCGACCUAGACCGAGAGAGGACUAAUACCCGAUUGUUUUCCAAUCCUACCUGGCUCGUUCAUUGUGGUCUCUGCCUUGGUCCUCUUCCGGGGGCGUGGGAUUCAACCUGUGCAGGCGUGGGGAAGCUGUGAGUUUCCGAGCUAGGUCCAGUCAAGUUCCGCUCCUGAUCUCUGCGCAUACGAACGGUGAUCCGCCUACCAGACUCCGACACCAAAGGGAGACGACCCGCGUUCCACUUCGUGAGUAAGAUCGGCCUCGAAACCAUUUCCUCGACCAAGGUCCUUGACUCACCGCUAUCCUCGUGCUGUCGCAGACUUUGCUGCUCACUUCGGCUUUCGGUCUCGCCGCCGCACUCGCACCUUCCUUCGCGUGGCUCUGUUUCGCUCUCUUCUGGCUAGGAACUGGGGUAGGCGGAUCGAUGCCCACAGAUGGGACACUCUUUCUCGAAAAUUCGCCUCCUUCGCACCACUACCUCUUGACGGCGCUCUCGUUCUUCUUCUCCCUCGGUGCCGUCCUGACUUCGCUUCUUGGCGUCACGAUUCUACCGAGCUUCUCGUGUGCCGAGGCAGCGCCAUCAGAACAGGUAUGCAACGUUUCUCGUGACAACAACGGGUGGAGAAUUAUGCUGGGCUGCCUUGCGCUGGUCAGCCUGUUUAUGGGUCUGGCUAGGAUCGGUCUCUUCCGGCUUCGGGAAUCUGCGAAAUUCGUGAGUUGAUGCUGGCCGAGCAGUAAGCCGCUGGAGCCACGCCCCACGAGCGGGUGGGCUGACUUCUUUGUAAAGGCUGACAAGGGCUGAACUUCGCCUUUCGCUCUUUAGCUCGUAUCCAGUGGACGCCCCGAUCAAGCCGUUCUCGUCUUGGAACGAAUCUCUCGCUAUAAUGGCGAGCCGACGUCGUGGGAGCUCAGUGACGUGGUGGACGGGGAAUACUCUGUCCCUGGUUCCCCUUCAGCCGCGAUGCAGCGGAACGAAAUUAUGACCGACUACGACGCGAUGGGGGAUUUGCCUUCAUCAUUGGAUGAUUCGCGCAACAGCACAGGGGAUUCGACUUCCGAGAUACGUCCGGAUGUAUCGGCAGCUGAACGUGUCGGGUUUCGACAUCCAAGGAUGCACGCACGUAACCAAAAUCCGGGCUGGUGGCACGUCCUAGAGCGACGCUAUGCGCAAGCUUUUGAUGCGCAUCGCUCCCGGGUCGGUGACCUGUUCAGCCUUCAACUCCGAUUCACCACCUCGUGCAUUUGGGCCAUCUGGUUCCUCGCCAGUGCGGGCUAUACCACAUUCAACGUCUUCCUACCCAAAUACCUAGAGCAGAAGUUGGGCGAAAGUACCGGACAGACUAGUCGAACGCAGAGCCUGUGGGAUUGUAAGUGCCGUGACGACGCAAAGUAUCCGCUGACAAAGACUCCGGGGUGCUGAAAUUCCCCUUCCAUGUUUUCCAGAUGUGCUAUACACUGGUGAGAGGAACUGACCGCGUAUAUCCCAUCGGCCGAUCGAUCCGUACUGAUAUGAACUUAUCUUUGCUUUUAUUUCGGGCGUUGUUGUAGUUAGCGGACUGCCCGGAGCCCCGUUGGGUGCGUGGCUGAUUGAAGGGCGACUUGGGAGAGUCAAGACCCUCGCAUUCUCGACACUCGCUACUUCAGCGGGGACUCUGAUCUUUGUGCUCGUGUCAUCGCAAGUUGGCGUCGUUUCGAGCUCGAUGUUCGUUUCGCUUGUUGCAACGCUCAUGUAUGCUGUUAUCUACGGUUACACCCCCGAAGCGUUUCCGGUGGCGAGUCGGUGAGUCUUGAUCGUGAUCACUGUUGCGAUAGUGGACACAGAAUUUGACGACCGACUUUUGGAUGCCGAUGCAGAGGCACUGCAUGUGGGAUUGCUUCCGCACUCAGUCGGCUAGCCGGUAUAUUUGCGCCCAUCAUAACGGGACUGUUACUGUCCAUUAAUGUGUCACUGCCAUUGUUCCUCUCAUCGCUGUGCUUCCUUCUCGCUGCACUGGCUGCAUGGUGCCUUCAGCGCUCCGAGAAGUGGCGAUCCGGGACCGCAUUGUAG